AAUGUUAAGAUAUUAUCUUAAUUUAGUAAAUUUUUAUGAUUUGAAAUUUAAUUUAUCGAUCAAUAGCUAACAGUUUAAGAAAAAUUUAGGGUUAGCAACACAGUUAGGGUUAGAAUAAAUUUUUUUUUUGGUAACAUUACGAAAUGGGUAUGUAUUGUUGUUAUUUGUAUUAUUAUUUUAUUGCUAGUUUUUGUAUUUUCUUUUCUUUGUCUGUUAGGAACCCCCUUAGCUUCUUUACUAAGCUAUUAUAUAUUUUUUUCAUAUCACAAUCAAUAGUGAGUCAGGUCUUAUAGGUCUUGAGGGCUAAUAAAUAAUAAUAUAAGCAUUAACUAACAGUAAGUGUAUAUAUAUCUUGCAAAUGUAUUUUAUUUAGGCUUGUGGCACAUAGAAAAUAUCAAUGUCAACAUUCAAAACUAAAUAAAGAAAUUAAAUCAAGGAAAAACACAUACUGUGUAGCUGAAAUUGAUAUCAAAAUCAAAAAAGUAAAUGCAAAUACUAAUAAAAAUGAUCAAUAUCUAAAAGAAGAACCUCCCCUUAGUGGAGUUAUAGUAGUUCAUAAAAACCAUAACCAUAACAUUGAAUGUGCAGAUUCGAUGAAAUACUUACCAGUGUCAUCAGUUACAAAAAAACUUUUUUAUAACUAUUUUAACAGUGGAUUAAGUCCAGCUCAAGCAAAACGUAUACACACAGAUAACUUUAUUUAUCAUGAAAAUGGCUCCUUUCUUUUGGCAGAUGCCUCACUUAAUCCUUCAUCACGUACAAUUUAUUAUUUAUACAAUUUAUGGCAAGAAAAACAUUUUGCUCUUAAAAAUCCUUUAGAGAUGUUAAAGAAUAAAAGAAAUGUAUACUUAGAAUCAGGAGCGUUGGUGACAGUUAUUGAAGAAGAUCUGAAAUGGUCUGUACUAGUGGUCACUGAAGUGAUGCAAAGGAAUCAACUAAGAAAAUCUUCUUCCGAAAUUGUGUUUGUAGAUACUACCUCAUCUUGUGAUAUCUCACAAACAAAUGUUACAAUUGUGUCUACAUCAAGUUCCGCAGGAUGUAUCCCUAUUGCUAUUCUAUUUCAUGCUAAUAAAACUGAAGAGAAUUAUGAGCAAGCAUUCAAACUUCUUAAAUUAGAAUGCCCAAGAUGUUUUGGAGGAUCUGAGGAGCCCCAAGUUUUUAUGCUGGAUGACUCAAGUGAAGAAAAAAAUGCACUAAGUUCUGUAUGGUCAAAAGCAACAAUGUUAUUAUGUUAUUUUCAUGUAUUACAAGCACAAUGGCGUUGGUUGCUUAAAAAAGCUGCAAAAACUGAUCGUCAAAAACUUUACCAUUUGUUUAAAAAUAUUAUGUAUGCUGAUACAAGCGAAAAACUUGACUUAUCGUUGCACCAAUUAAAAAGCAUAAAAUUAACGCACCCAAAGUUUUAUAUUAGGGUUAAAAAAUACUAUAACAAGAGAAAGUUUGAAUUUGUCAUGUUAUAUAGAAAAGACUUAAUUAUUCGAAACCACAAUACAAAUAAUUUUAGUGAAGCAACAAUAAGAAUCUUUAAAGAUAUUGUUUGAUGUAGAACAAAAG